AAAGUCAAGCUCUUUGGUCCUCUCUCUUCAUCUUAUUUUCUUGCUGCUAGCCGGCAUUCUAUUAUUAUUCUAGAUCCCACUGCAGCGCAGUUUUUUUACAUUUCAAACUACAAUAUGAAGUUCGAGACCUCUCUUGUCCUGGCCACUCUGGCCGCAUCUGCUGUCGCCGCACCGGCACAGCUCCACUCUACUAAGAGAUGGGUUCAAACUGAUGGCACACCAAAGAUGCCCGCACACUUCGUCUCUUCCGUGCGCCAGAUCGCAAAUGAGAAGCUGAGGACUAAGCGCCAGCUUGAUCAGCUUCUCGGAGCAUUGACUGGUGGCGCUGGAGGCGCUGGAGGCGCUGCCGGCGGUGCUGGAGGUGCCGGUGGCCUCGCUGCCCUCAUUGGAGGAGCUGCUGGUGGUGCUGGUGGUGCUGGCGGCGCUGGUGCUGGUGCUACUGGUGCCGGUGCUGCUGGUGCCGCUGGCGGAGCUGCCGGCGCUGGUGGUGCUACUGGUACCAAGGGUGCUGCUGGCGGAGCUGCUGGCGCUGGUGGUGCUACCGGUACCAAGGGUGCUGCGGGAGCCAAGGCCUCGCCCUCUGCUGCCGCCGGUGCCAAUGGCGCUACAGGCGCGACAGGAGCUACAGGCGCUGCAGGUGCCAAUGGUGCUACAGGAGCAACUGGAGCUACAGGUGCGGGUAUUACCGGUGGUAACAACUCAACCUCCACAGCUACAGGUCAGCAGGGAACUGGCGCUCAACGUGGAACCGGCGCUCAGCAAGGAGCUGGCAACACUCAGCAGGGUACUGGAGCUCAGCAGGGCACCGGUGCUCAGCAAGGCACCGGUGCUCAACGGGGAACUGGCGCUCAGCAAGGCACCGGCACCGGCAACGCCCAGCAGGGUACCGGAGCUCAGCAAGGUACUGGUGCUCAACAAGGUACUGGUGCUCAGCAAGGUACCGGCGCCCAGCAAGGCACUGGUGCUCAACGGGGAACUGGCGCUCAGCAAGGCACCGGCAACACUCAGCAAGGUACCGGCGCCCAACAAGGAACUGGCAACACUCAGCAGGGGACUGGCCAAAUUCAGCAAGGAACUGGUGUAGCCGGCCCAGCUGGAACUGCUGGCCCAGCAGGAGCCGCCGGAACUCAAGGUACAGGUGUUGCAGGCACUCCGGGUGCCACUGGCCCUGCUGGCCAGACUCCUACUGCUCAGACCCCCACUGGUCAGCAAGGAACAGGUGUUGCCGCUGGACAAGGCCAGGCUGGCUCUGCUACUGGCACCAACUCGCAGACUGGCACUGGCGCUACUACUGGCACUGGCGCUACUACUGGCACUGGCGCUACUACUGGCACUGGCGCUACUACUGGCACUGGCGCUACCACUGGAACAGGUGCUACUAAUGGAACAGGUGCUGGCAGAGCUACCGGUGCAGGUGCCGCUACUGGUGCAGGUGCCACGACCGGUACAGGUGCCACGACCGGUACAGGUGCCGCGACUGGAGCCGGCGCAGCCACCGGUGCUGGAGCUUCGCAGUCGGCCUCAGGAGGCAAGAAGAACGCGUCGUCUGCCGGCAGCGCUGAUUCCGCCCUCGCCGAUUCUCAGGAGGAGGAUUAGAUACAUGGCAAAAGGCGAAGACGAGCUUGCACGAUUGAGCCAAUGGCUUAGCAGGCAUUGCGAGGCCACAACGAACUCCAGCGGGGAAUGAUGAUUGGCUUCGAAAAACGGGGUUGGAGCUUCUACACAAAGAUAGAUAAUCACUAGUACAUGGCACGGAAUAGGACGCUCGCUUGACACUAAGAUCUGGACGUUGAUAUGUGCGGAUUUAAUGUACAUAAUAUGUGAACAGGAGACAGGACGCCAAUCGCUAUGCCUAACAAAGAAAAAACAAGAACAUCCUGAUGGCCCAGCACCAGACUCCCCCUCCAUCCUCGCGCAAACCAUCGCUCUCCUCCAAACCACCCUCGGAGCC